AUCAUUUGACUUCUGCUGUACAUGAUGGACAUCACACUGGUGGGUGUUGUGCUGAUCUUCUUGUCUGUAGGGCUGAAUAUACAGACAGCAGAGAGCUGCCACUGUGCCCUACACCCUCAAGAUCAAUUCUGCACUUCUGAAAUAGUGAUUUUAGCUGACGUAACCAGAAAGGGGGGUUCUGUUAAGGAUAAAAAGAAAUUAUAUCGGUAUAAAAUCCAACUGAUCAAGGUAUUGAAAGGUUUUAUCAAUGCAAAGCGAAUUAAAUACGUCUACACAGAUCCAUCAUCGUGUGGCAUCACACUGGAUCAGGGGAGAUACGUGCUUUCAGGAUACCAGUUCAAAUAUGGGAUCGAGGUAGAAAUGUGUGACCUUGCCGAGCGAUGGGAUCAUCUCUCCUUAGCGGAACAAGAAAACUUCAAACAUACAUAUAAGAUGGGCUGUGACUGCACGAUCUCUACGUGUUCUGGCAGUCCAUGUUGUCCCCAAUCUGAGAAUGAAUGUAAGUGGGAUGCCAAAUCUCCUCACUAUCUGGCAUACGCCUGUCUGAAGGACAAUGACGGCUACUGUAGCUGGUACUGGCAAAGUUCAAGAAUUGAGGAAGAUGAAAUGUGUAUGGAAUAAAAGACCAGCAUUUUCUCAUUCUUAAAGAAGACAUUUGGUUUGAUGCUGAGAAUCGUUGUUCUUUCUAAUACUGAUUCAGCUUCUCAGUCCAUUUUUAAUCAAUAUAACACUGCUGUUUUAACUCUGAGAGAGUACAGAUCCAAUUCUACCCCCUCUGACUGUUUCCGAACGGCAAAUUAAACACCUUUGUACGCAAAAUAGACUUUUUCUAUUUGAUCGUAACAUGAAAAGUAAACAUGUUUUGUGAAAACAGGAUAUUUCAGUACCUUCGACCACGUUUAAAAACAUCAAAAUGUUUAAUAAGCUGCUGAUGUAAAUCUCUUAUAUUAUCAUCUACGUUUAUGAAUUCUAUGAAUGAUUUUGAAGCUUUUAACAUACAUUUAAUGUACACAUUCUUCAUCAUACUGUUCACUUUGAGAAUCAUUUCAGUCUUUGGCCCAAGUAUCUGUUUCUCUGAUUUUUCGCAAAUUGUAUUAACACCUUAUACUCAACCACAAAUGAUUUGGAAGGGUUUCAAGAAAAAAGCAUCUUCUCUAUUGUUGUGGUUUCAUAACAUUAUACCGACAUACACCCAAUUUCCCAAAACACUUGGUGAUACCAAACUCUACUACUUCACUUUACUUCGUAGACAGUCUGGGGGGGGGGGGAGCGCGCUUGUGUUAAGUUUAAAAUCAUUGGUGUACCCGUAAGCCAUUCACAUAAUGGUUGGUUUUGAAGUAUGUUAUGUUAUAUUAUGCUCUCGAAGUAGAGCGGAUAAACAGAAAGUAAUUUAUGAAACCGCGCUUUUUUAAUGUCAAUAAAUAAUUGGACUAUUUUAAUGCUACAAAAUUAUUGUUCAAAUGUUAUUAAAUACCUUUAAUGUUACUAAAUCCA